AGAAAUGCACUAAUCAAGUUCACGAACCGAACAACUCCAAACAGAAUCAAGAUAGCCAAGAAAGGAAGAGCUGAAAGCCCCAAAAACGGAACGCUAAUCCAGGAAAGAGGAGGCGAAUCUUUAUAGAGAGAUGGAGCGAUCUCUGUCAUCUCUUGCAUUCAAGGGGUCUGUUGCGGAAGCAAUUUCUGAUGCCAAACAGCAGAAGAAACUUUUUGUAGUUUACAUAUCAGGUGAUAAUUCAGGAUCUAGACAUUUAGAAACCUCCACAUGGUUGGACUCUCAAGUGGCAGAGUCUUUAUCUAAGUAUUGCAUUUUGUUGCAUAUUGCGGAAGGAAGUAGUCAUGCAAUUAAUUUCGCAGCAUUGUAUCCACAGAAGGCUGUUCCAUGUAUUACAGCUGUUGGAUUUAACGGCAAACUACUUUGGCAGCAUGAGGGCUUCGUUGCCGCAGACGUUCUUGCAUUUAGCUUACAAAAGGCAUGGGAGACAAUGAUUGCUGCACUUGGCCCCAAGGCUGAACUUCCUCCUGAAAUUUCGAGUUCUGUCUCAUCUGAGCAGAGGAGUUCUUUGAGGGAAAAUAUCGAAUUGCCACUUUUAUCAGAAGCAGAAUCGGUCUCUCAUACGGUUAGGCCAACUAUGUAUUCUCAGACCACAGUCAAGGAAGCAGAGGCAUCUCUUGAGGCUAGACCAUCUAAUGACUCUCAGGUUGCAGUGAAAGAAGCAGAGGCUUCUGUUGAGGCUAGACCAACUAUGUACUCUAAGACCAAAGUGAUGGAGAUAAAUUCUGUUCCAGUUGACACAUUAUCUCCUGGGUUAGCUUCUGGUGGUCAAUAUGGAAGUGGUGGAAGUAACAACUCUGCUGUCCCUGUUGCAAAAGUGGAAAAGUCACCUGAUGUUGGCGGAGACGCUACUGGCAAUUCUAAAGAACGGAGUCUCUUGUUAACAAAUAAAUCAAAUUUAUCUGCCCAACCUCUGGUACUAGAUAAUGAAGUCUUCAAGGACAGUAGCAGUAAAGCAACUGAAGCUGAGAAAACGAAUGUAUCAGAUCCUUCAAUGGAUGUUCAUUUAAACAUCAAACUACCAGAUUGUUCCAGUUUACAAGUGAAGCUUUUAGCAACGGACACUUUGAGAGCAGUAAAAGGCCAUAUUGAUAGGGAACAAGACAUUGGCUUUUCUUAUGACCUUGCUGUUCCGUACCCACGCAAGGUCUUUGAUGAUCAAGAUCUAGAUAAAACAUUAUCAGAGCUGAGUCUCCUCAAUCGACAGGCACUGAUAGUGGUCCUUCGUCACAAAGGAAAAUCACCAUUACAAGACCAGAAUGCUUUGCCUGACAAGACUGGUGCCACAAGUGGAAACACUGAAGGAUACUUUUCUUUUGUUAGGCGACUCUUCUCUUAUCUGAAUCCUUUCUCUUUUCUUGGUGGUGGUGCUAGCUCAGCAGAUGAUGCACACAUUUCUCAAAGUGGCAUGUCACAAAAUGGAAAUGAUAGACCAUAUGGUGUUAGUCCAUCAAAUGAGCUUACACCGGGUACCAGCAGCAGCAGUACGAGGAGCAGGAAUCGGUCUGCAUCACACUUUGGAAGCAAUAUUCAUACAUUGAAGCAUGAUGAUGAUGACAGUCCAUUCGGAGAUGGGAAUGCAUUUUGGAACGGGAAUUCUACUCAAUUUGGUGGUAGCGAAAAUAAAUGAUACAAAAUAUAAUCCUUGCUUGUUCUCGUAAGUACAUAAAGGUUUUUGUUUUUUGACUGACUUUUCUUUUAAACUGCAAACAAAUAUAAAUGUCCCGACUUCUUCUCUGUUGUAAUGAGCUUACUUACAUAAAGGCUGUUUAGGCUUUUAGCGAUCCUCGAUUAUAUGUUUAGCAAACUAUCUCAAGUACAUGUAUAUUUUUUAAAGUUCUAUGGGUGAUUUUUUUACCUAAGAGCUCAGAGUUGAUAUGUUGAGUAUAUCUGUAUAUGGUUUAUAGAAGAA